AUUUGUGCAAUUCACAUCAGCGAACCAAAGUCAUGCAUGAAUUCGCACUUUUUUGGGAUACAGUAGAGUGCUUGACUGAGGAAUUUGCACAACAUUUAAUUCUAUUAAUACAGCAGGACUAUUGAGAUUUAUUUUGCAUAUGCAAUUCAAUUGACUGGAUUUUUCGGUGUUAAGAAAAGAGAACUCACUCAUCGAGUUAGCCUCGCAGUACGACAAGCAGUGCGAUGACUGAUUGGCAAGAAGAGCUGGACAAAUAUUUGUCGAUUGUCGAGCGGCAUACAACCGAUUCACUGUUGCGCAUCCAAAAUGCCUUCAAACACACAAACCGAACAUUAGAGGAAAAAGCCACGUUCCGAAACCAUUUUUUGAACAGCACCCGCAAUCGUGUUAGUGAAGCAUGUGAUCGCUACGAAUUGACCCGCAAUGUUCAACAUCGUCCAAGAAGUCCGAACAAUCGAUCAACAUCAAUUGGUCAUGAUCGCGACCAAUCAUUCACGUCUGACCAGCGCUCAUGCUCCAGCCUGUCAUCGAACAAUGACCAAUUCGAGCUGGAACAACAAAACAAGCUCGCCCACGAUAUAACAAUUUGCGGCGUACCACUUUCAACCAAACAUGAAAAAUUGCGUAAAAUGUUUGCACAAUUGUGUAAAAAGGUGGGCGUAAAUAUUCAAUCCGAUGAAAUCACCAAGAUUUUUCGAAGCAAUCCGAAAACGGUGAUUGUGGUGCAGUUCAGAAGCGAACGCAACAAAGAAUUCUUUAUGAAAAUGUGUCGCAAAAAAAGUUUGUGGACCAACGACAUGAUGCAUGACGAAGAACCGAGACGCAUUUACAUCGACUAUCAGAUGACCACCUUCUAUCGAAAUAUGUGCAAAAUUGCACGACACGCAAGACAACAGAAUUUGAUUCAUUCCCACGACAUUUCGAAACAAGGCUUAAUGAUCAAACUUACGCCACGCAGUUCUGAACUUACAUUUUUAUCACCGAAACAACUCCAUGGCUAUUUGAAUAAGUUGCGCCAAGCAAAGCGCCGUCGACAGGCCAUGUCAUCGGAUACAGAAUAGGUAUGGCUUGCAAUGACUCUGCCAUUAAAAGCGAAAAUGGAUUUUGAAUUUUUAAUUGUAUUUGAUUCCAUUCCCAACUUAAAACAUCAACUGACAGAGAUUUUCCUUAACAUAUCCACACAAAAUUAGUAAAACAGACAAUUGGAAACAAACAAAUUUGAGAGUAGUAAUAAAAUCUAAGC